AUGCCCAACGACGACGCAUACAGCAAGGCUUCGCCACCGUCGGAGGCCCCGCACGCCCCUGGGUCACCACCGCAGGGCAAGGCCGGGGGCUUCGGCAAAGCGGCCGGAGCGCUGCUCGGGACCACGGGCGGCGCGGGCGCCGGGGGCAGCGGCGGCUCAGGCUCGGGGGCGUCGGGCAUGGACGCCGCCGCGAGCAAGAAGUCCCCGCGGCUGCCCAAGUGCGCGCGGUGCAGGAACCACGGCUACGCGUCGGCGCUCAAGGGCCACAAACGCUUCUGCAUGUGGCGGGAAUGCCAGUGCAAGAAAUGCAACCUGAUCGCAGAGAGACAGCGCGUGAUGGCCGCGCAGGUGGCCCUGAGACGGCAGCAGGCCCAGGAGGAGGAAUUGGGCAUCAGCCACCCCAUCCCGCUGCCCAGCGCGGCCGAGCUGCUCGUCAAGAGGGAGAACGACAGCAGCACCCCAUGCCUGAUGACUGAGGGCAGCAGCCCCUCGCAAACCCCGCCGGCCAGCACCCCGACCCCGCCCGCGGCAGCGGCAGUAGAGGGCCGGGUGGCCAUCCAGGAUAUUCCUGCUGCCACCAGCAGAGGGCACGUGGAGAACACACCUGACCUCGUUUCCGACUCCACCUACUACAGCAGCUUCUACCAGCCGUCUCUGUUCCCUUACUACAACAACCUGUACAACUACCCGCAGUACUCCAUGGCCUUAGCCGCUGACUCCCCCUCCGGGGACAUGGGAAGCCCUCUCGGGGGCUCCCCUGUGAAGAACAGCCUUCGGAGCCUCCCAGCGCCUUAUAUGCCCGGUCAAGCGACAGGAAACCAGUGGCAGAUGAAAAACUCAGAGAGCCUCCACGCAGUGAGUUCCCAGUACAGGAUGCAUUCUUACUACCCGCCUGCCUCCUACCUGGGCCAGAGCAUGUCCCAGAUCUUCACCUUUGAGGACGGCCUCUCUUACUCGGAAGCCAAAGCGAGCGUAUUCUCGCCACCCAGCAGUCAAGAUUGUGGCUUGGUUUCCCUCUCCACCAGCUCUUCUGUUAGUAACGACAGCUCAAAGGCAGUGCUCGAAUGUGAGUCUGCCUCGGAGCCCAGCAGUUUUGCGGUCACUCCUGUCAUCGAGGACGACGAAUAAUCCGGCACCCCGAUGCCUUUGGCCAUUCACCUGGAGUGGCAGGUUUAUUCCGUUUAUACAUAGGGUUUGUUGUUAACAUUUUGUCUUGACUCACACCAACCUAACUGUUGAGAAGAUGUUUGGUUUAUACUCCUUAGAGCUUAGCCCAGAGGCUAGAAGACAUUUGGAAUAGUUUACUAUCUGUGUCUGCCGUCUGCACCAAUUAAGUGCUUUGCUCAUGGAGUUAAAUAUUAGUGUUCCUCAUUUUUUUGACACUGGUUUACAUGUAGUUUUCAAGAAAUACAAUAAUUCACUCAAGUAAAGCAGUACAUUUGCACCUAAAUGUGUCAACUACUUUCAGUUUUAAAAUGAAAUCUUAGGUGCCUCAGAUCUUUUCUUGAAUUUUAGUAUUUUAAUAAAAGUGCUAAACCAUAAAUUUAGCCACGUUCCUGACUGGUGAGAAGAAUAGAGUUAGUGAUUAUGUUAGAAAUCUGCAGAAGGUUAAAUAGAAAUAGUGUGUGUGUUUGUGUUGCUGUUAGAAAAGCCUAGCCCCGACGCCAUCCCCUCAAAUCCAAAACGUGACUGAAAUAGUCAGAAGAAAAAAUUAAUGACUUUAAGAAUUGCUACCUUUUCUAAAGGGUAGUUUGAAAACAAUACAAUUUAAAGUAACCCUAGUAAUGCAGAGUUCCUGAGUGUUGUUUCUAGAAAAAUAUAAGAGUUUAUGAUGCACAUUCUACUAUUAAAAAAAAUGGAUGCAAUCUAGAUUAUUUUGUAACCUUAGGUUGUAAUCUGAUUUGAAGAUAAGUACAUCUUUAAAAGUAACUAUAGA